AUGUGUUGCGCAGUGAGCCUUUGGAUACGAGGCCUUCGUAUGUGCACUCCACUUGGCAAUGAGGGUGAAGACUGUCAUCCACUGAGUCAUAAAGUAAGUCCUUGCUGA